UCAUCACAAAGAAGAAAAAGCAAAAAUGAAUAGAAACACUCUCCUCUUCUCUCUCUCUUUCUGGUGUUAAUUGGAUCCCAAUGUUUGUUAUUCAUAACUUCCAUCACAUCCCCACACCAUUUUUCUUGAGCUAAAAUUUACUUGCCCCAACCCCCACCCCCACACCAACCAAAAAUACUACUACCACUCAUUAUAAUCUAGAACCUAUAAUGCAAGUGGCUAACAAGAAAAGUGGCAAAAAUUCAAGAAAUGGUAGUGUUGUUGUGGCAGGUUCUGUAUGGGAGAAUAGAAUGAGAUUUGAUGAAUUCAAAGGUGGAAUCAAUGUAUAUAGUGAAAAAGAAAAAAACCCACAAGUUGAAAAUGAUGAGAAAAUUAGUGUUAUUGCUAAUAAUCAUCAUGUUCAAGUAGACAAAAAGUUGGACAUGGGGUCCAAAAGUAGUAAUCUUGAUGUUGUUGAUGUUGUUGUUGGUAGUGGUUUUUUUAUGAGUGGGAACAGAAAAACUUGGAAAUGUGAGAGUAAUUUUGAAGGGAAUUCAGUUGAACUUUCUAGGAAAAGAUCUGAAGAACAAUUGUGUAAAGAAUUGAGUACUGUUGGUGCAAUGAAGAAAAGUUCAAGUCAUAGCAAGAAAAAUGAUGUGUCUCCUAAUGGGAGUUUUAGGAGUUGCAAGAAAAAUGUUGCUGUUGAUGAGUCAAAAAGGAAGAAUCUUGAAAGGGUGUUUAGUGAAUCAAGUGAUAGAAAUGAGAGGAAAGUGAAAUCAGGUAAGGCAGAAAAUGAGAAUGUUGUUGAUGAGUCAAAAGAGAAGAGUUUUGAAGGGGUGUUUGGUGGAUCAAAUGAUGGAAUUCAGCUGAGGAAAGGGAAAUCAGGCGCGAAUAAGAAAGUGAAAUCAGGUGCGAAUAAGGUAGAAAAUGAGAAUGUUGCUGUUUAUGAUGAGUCAAAAGAGGAGAAUCUUGAAAGGGUGUUUGAUGAAUCAAGUGAUGGAGAUGAGGGGAAUCGAAUUAAGGUGAGGAAAGUGAAAUCAGGCGCGAAUAAGGUAGAAAAUGAGAAUGUUGUUGAUGAUGUUGUUGAGGAGUCAGAAGAGAAGAAUCUCGAAAGGGUGUUUGGUGAAUCAAGUGAUGGAAAUGAGGGGAAUCGAAUUCAGCUGAAAUCAGAGAAAUGUGAAGAAGUUGAUGAGAAUUUCAAGAAGUCUGAUGAUGUAAUCGAGGAAAAUGAGGUUGUUGUUGAUGAUGUUCUUGACGACUCGAAGAAGAAUCUUGAAAGGGUGUUUGGUGAAUUAAGUGAUGGGAAUGAAGGGAAUCGAGUUCAGCUGAGGAAAGUAAAAUCAGGCGCGAAUAAGGUAGAAAAUGAGGAUGUUGUUGAUGUUCUUGAUGAGUCGAAGAAGAAUCUUGAAGGGGUGUUCAGUGAGUCAAGUGAUGGAAAUGAGGGGAAUCAAAUUCAGCUGAGGAAAGUAAAACCCGAGGCGAGUAAGGCAGAGAAUGAGAAUGGAACCGAUGGAAAUGAAGGGGAUCGAACUCAGCUGAGGAAAGUGAAAUCAGAAGCGAAUAAGGCAGCAAAUGAAGGGAACCGAAUUCAGCUGAGGAAAGUGAAAUCAGAGGCAAAUAAAGCAGAAAAUGAGGAUGGAAGUGAUGGAAAUGAGAGAAAUCGAAUUCAGCUGAAAAAAGUGAAAUCAGGCGAGAAUCAGGCCGAAAAUGAGGAUGAAAGUGAUGGAAAUGACGGGAAUGGCAUUCACCUGCGGAAAGUGAAAUCAGGCGCGAAUAAGUUAGAAAAGGAGGACGGAACCGAUGGAAAUGAGGGGGAUCGAGUUCACCUGAGGAAAGUGAAAUCAGGCGCGAAUAAGGCAGAAAACGAGGAUGAUGGAAA